AGCUGCGCCGGUCUCCCCGUAAUGACAUCACGAACGCGAAGCGUGCAAAUAGGCUGGUUGGGCAAAUGACUUCGCGCUCAGUGUAUAAAAUGGGAAGAUGGCGACCAUGAUGGUUGACUGGGGAAUAUUCACUUACCACCAUUGAAACAGCAACAUUGACACGUCUGAGACUUCUCCGAGCAACAUUUAAAUCGAGCCCACACCUCCUAGAAACUAAUCAUCAUGCCUUUCGCCGGGUCCAUAUCAACUGAUUCUUUUGACAAAGAUAUCAAGGAUCGGCAUCUGAUCUACUCUUAUUCCGUACCAGCAUCUCAGACGGACUCGGGCAAGCCGGAAAAGUGGCGCUAUGAGAUGUGGUUCUACAACUCCGACCGCAUCGUCUAUGCCAUUCAUGGCGGGCCGAUGGCGGGUCGCUACAACUAUCAAGGAGCUACCUACCAGUGCAUUCGACCCGGCGAGCUCUGGCAGUGCAACUGGUUGGAAGAGACGGGAACCAUGUGCAGUCUGGUCUACGACAUCCCGAAGAAAACAAUCACGACCAUGCUGGGGUUCUCCAAGGGGCACUGGACCAAGGCGCAGGACGCCCAUGGCGAUAAACGAAACAAGGAGGACCUGGAGAGAUGGAGGGGUCUAGCGAAGAUCGGUUCGCAGGUCGACAGGACAAUGCUGUGUGAACAGGCGGAGAUCGAGGAGGACUUCAGAGGUAGUGGAGAUUUGAAGCCCAUCGAAAUGGAUUGGCCGGUGUUGUAAAUUGCAGGGAAUUAAUUUCGCAUAUGCAAUAAAGAUGAAAUGAUGAGAUAACCUGCAGUAUCCUUGAUCUUUAAUCCCGAGCCCUCUGAGUCUGAUUCUCCGAGAGUUGUGGUUACUAGGACUGGAUUUUGCGCCACGAAAGAUUUGAACUUCUCGUUAAUAAUCGUAUCAAGUCUGUAUGUUGGAAACCAGUAUAUUAGAAGUAUACAGGAUU